GGGGUCCUGUGCCCGGCAUCUUAUCGUACGCCAAGGGGGAGGGGGCGAGGGUCCAGCUCGGAAGAUGAUCUCUCUAUGGGCUUAUUUCUGAUCCGCGCCAUUAACUUUCGAGUUGGCGGGAACACACUACAGGAUUUAGUGUAAAAAUAGGUUGUUUGUGUGCAUUUGCAUCCGCGGUGAGCCACCAUCAGUCAUCAAAGGCACACGGUACACAGGGACACAAGUCUUGUUCUAUCGUUCUAUGAAGAUUUCUUAACACCCAGUUGAUUACAAGAUCAUGCAAAGAGAAACGGUGAUAAUCAAUGUGAGAUGAUUUAACCUGGCUUGAAGUUUCCGUGAGUUUACCUGCAUGUUCUUCAGCGCACAUGGUCGGCUAUGCAUGACAACCCACAAUCUGUAGAUUUAUUGUGUCCUUAUUCUGCUGUAAACAAACUUGUAAUGAAAUCGUAGUGAUACAAAGAUGUCGAAGGGACGUUUAGACCACUCUAUAUCAGUGAACAUUCCACCAUUACCAAAGACAAAAGACCAGUUAAAGGAAAAGAACAGGAAGUUACGUAAGGAAUUGGAUGACCUCCGACGUAUUUACAAAGAUAAUGUAUACAAAGUGAUAGAGAACCUGAAGAGACAUUACAAUGAGACAAAACAUGACCUCACGCCCAGCUACGACAAACUGAAACAUCUCAUUAAGUAUGCGACCAGCGAGGAGGUUUUAGAGCAGUGCCGGGUCCCCGAUCACAAGCACUCCGUACAGAACAAGGGCAUUGAUCACUCUUUUAACCACAACUCCAGUGCCUGUGUAGAGCUACAUGUGAAAGAUGCUGUGGCUUCUCGAUAUGACCAUCGCAAAGGAGCUGCAGGAUUUCUUCAGUCAUGUAGAGAAUUUGCAGGGCACGGGGAGAGUCAGGCAGUUCAGCAGAGGAGGAGAGAGGUGACAGAUAUGCACAAAGCCGAGAUCGCGAUAGAAAAUGAAGAGCUGAAGCACCACAUACAAUGUUAUGACAGCAAGUUUUUACGGGCACACAACAGACUGAGCAAACUCAAACAAGAAUACGCAGAAUCCAAACAGUACCUGCCACCAAAACGGUACCGCCUGCUGAAGGAGAUGAUCGAGACAGUGGUAGAGGAUAGUAAAUUAAAACCUGACUGAUCCGCAAUCAAUGUUUUAGGGAGUGUUUUCUAUUGAGUCAAUUUCAGUUAUAGUCAAUUGAUGAAUGUGCAUGUGAUGAUAUUUUUAUUUGUGAUGAGGGAUCAUGUAUCAUUACAUUUUAUUUCAUUUGGUGUCAGUUUUAAACCAUUUGAUAUUAUUUUUGAAUUUUGAAAGUUUAUUGCAUGGUAAGUGAUUGUGAAAACGAUCUUUACUUUGAUAUAAGUUGGAGAUCUAAUCAGAUUAUCUGACAUUAAGCUUGGAGAGCUAUCAGAUUAUCUGACAUUAAGCUUGGAGAUCUAUCAGAUUAUCUGACAUUGGUACAUAUGAUAUUUCAUGGCUAACACAUGUGGAUUUAUCCAGAAAUAUUAAUUAAUCUGCUUGAACUCAUGUUGAAACAUUGCUACAGUAGUCUUUUAGAUGAAUGUCAGCAGUAUUCAUAAUCAGCUUCCAAGGGCGGGGUACACUCCACAUGUGUGCAUGUUGAGGCCCCUGGUUAAGGAUGUAUGCUACAUCAUCAUAAUGGCUGACUUCCUUUUAAAACAUGAAUGAAAAUAUAAAUAUCAGCAACAUUUGUAUAUUUCUUUGAAAUCUGAUUGCCUAGCUGGGUAGCUCAGUCGGUUAACAUAUCAACUUCUGAUCUGUAGAUCACGGUAUCAAGUCCAGCAAGGGUUUUAAAUUUUUGAGAGAUUACCUUCCCCAAAAACUGCAUUUUUGACUAAAUAAAGUAUUAAAGGAGUUUUCAAUUUCAAAAUAUUAUUGUACAUAUCCUCCACUUUUCAAUCUUGUCCGAUUUCUUUGGUGUGGCAUUUCUCCUUAAUCCAGGAUGUAACCUGAUGGCAUCAAAGCCCUCAAGAUAGACCCCUAACACGAGACUUAUCAUACAUGUUCAAUACUUUUGUAUAUUUUGCUACCACUUUAUUAAUGAAAAGUACAGCCCACUUUAGAGACACAGCCUUGAUUUGACAUUACAUGCAGGAGCAUUGAGGCAACUACCAUUAAAGUGACCAUUGGGAAUGAUGUUCCUCAGAAAAUGCAUCUCGUGCAGCUUUACCCAAUUAGUGUCCUUUAUCUACUAGGUUCAAUACCUUGGUGCUAUGAAUAAUAUGGGGAUUUUUUGAUGUUAUUAACUGAAAGAUAAUUCUGUAGUACAUGUAUACCUUUUCCGACAGGCCAUUGAUACUUUAAGGUUCAAAUUUAAGAAUACCUAGAAGUGAUGGAGGUGCAUAUCAACAAAAUAAGAUAAAUCUAUAACACUUACCUAGGCCGAUAUCCAUGGUCCAUAUAGCCCUAACUACUAACUGUAGUCCGUACGAAAUCAUGAUUUUCAUUUAAUUUGAUGUGCCCAUCAUUUUGUGUAAACUAGAAAAUAUUCUCUUUCAAGAAACCCUAAAUAUACAAAGAUUGAUAAACCUGAAAAUGGUGUGACAGUACUUUUGCACAGAGUAUGAAAUGUAUAGUACUCCACAAAAUACUAGAUUAUAAUUAUUCUGAAAUGUGUCCCCUCCAAGAUGUUAUUCACUUACAUUUACAAUAUACAAGAUCUAAUAAUUUAAGCUAUGCCUGAGUAAAAUCGCCGUAUUCAGAUGUAAAAUUUGGAUCACAAACCUAUCAUCCAAUGCAUCCUUUAAUCAUAGAAGUUUGAGUUUCAUAUCUGUAUUAGCAUGCUUCAACUUUAUAGAAGAUCAACACACACAUCUAGAUAGUGAUGUCAGACAGUAGCUGAACAUGCUUACCAUCCUUAACAGAAGAAAAUACCACACAGGACACAAACAUGACAGUUGAUGUGAUAUUGUACUACGUGUACAAUGACAUGUGUCUGUUCAAUGAUUUAAUUAUUUUCAAGCAUUUUCCCCAAAUCUUUAAUAUUGAAAAUCCAAUAGUGAUUGCGACCUCAUACAGUUGGGGUAUUGAUGUCUAUCUUGAAUUCGGCCUUCAGCCCUUGGAUAAACUGGUAGUCACCUCCACUUCCCUGCUUACUAAUUAAGUUGUAAAAGUCUAUUGCAUAAUGCACUUAAAUCUGUAAAAUUGUUUCUUUAAUAAUAAUAAUGUUUUAUUUUAUAAUUUUAUAGAUGCAAGAUUUUAUGUCAUACUGUCAUUUAAUUUAUUUUUUAUUGUUGCAUUCCUCACCGCUACCCUUGUAAAGCGCCUUAGAGUAAUUUGUUUUAUACAAGGCGCUAUGUAGAUUUUAUUUAUUAUUAUUAUUAAACCACAUGCAUGUCUGUACUGUACAAUUGAGAGGGAGAAAUGAAAUAUUUUGCAUAUCAAUUAGAACAUAUUUAAUUGAACUUAAAAUAAACAAUUGUGAUAUCAAUUUAGUUUAUACUUAAACUUUAAAGUACAUGUACCAGUCAUGAGUUUAUAUUUUAUACGCAUCUUUUUUAUUUUUAUUUUAUGUCUGGUUUAAUACAUACUUUUAGGCCCCAUCCAAAAUUUAGUAAACCUUGUGCCAUGAGCCUGUUAAUUUUUGUGAUGUAUGCUUAGCAGAGUUGAAAAGUACAGCUCUUAAAUUUUUGAAGGCUAUAUUUCAAGGGGGAUUCAAUUUUCUGUUUCCUGAUUACACAAAAAUUUGGAGUAAAUAUGACUAUGAUAUUUGAGAAAUCAAAAAAUUAAAAUCACAAUGUGGUUUCUAAACUGUAUUUUUAACAUGAGCUUUUCUAAUGAACUGAGAAUAACCAUAUCCAAUAGGGAAAAGGGCAUAAGUACAUGUAUUGUAUUGCGUAUUUUGUAACUACUCUUGAGUAUUUCAUAAAUACCAUUUGAAAAGAGUUAAAGAUAUUAAUAUGAGAAAACAUGAAUGUAAUGGAAACUUUGACAGUCGGUUACCAAAGAGUUGCAGGUAUGAAGAGAUGAUUUUAAAGCUUCAAAAGAUGACCUUGCCAUAGUGCAACACCCCCUCCUUCUGAGUUUAAAAUACACAGUGCAAAAUUUUGCAACUCAGCUCAUUGCAAAUUUUAAUGCCAAUCAUUUGUUAAUUUUGCUACAGCUGUUGGAAUAAAACUGCAAAAACAA